UAAGUGUGUAUGGUGCCGCACUCUGGCGGCUGAUAUGGUAAAUUACUGAACGAAACGCGGAUUGUAUACUCAGCCACAAGAACGCACUCUCAUCCAAGCUUUCAAAAGAAACCGCGGUCGAAUAGUAAAGCGAAAGCCAACGCGGACACGGCAUCGCUCAGCUCCUUCAGUGGGUUCUGUGGUGUGUACGUACGUCGACACACAACCGAGUCAGUAAUCAAAAUAAUUUUCUUAAUAGUUAUGAUUUCGUGCUUUUUAAGUUGCAAGAUUUUGGUGCUCGUCAAUCGUGAACAUUAUUAAAAACUUUAUUACUGACAUUUGAAAAAUCAAGAACAGGUUUUGUGACAAAAUUUUCUUCCAACGUUCUAAGGGUUUGUGAUUUAUGUGAACAUGUGCGCGUGAUCGCCGUUAUUUUACCCUGUGAAAUUCUAAUAUAAUACCAUGACAUCUAUGUUCAAGGAUACAUUUUGGGGUCAAAAUGGUUUCGAAGAAUUGCGGAGGUACAUCAAACAAGGUGGUGAUUUCUGCAAAGACCUUAGCGCUAUUCUUCAAGAAAGCAUUAAGUGAAGAAGUUGUCAAACCAUUGAGGCAAGUUUUGGAAUCGCAACAUCGCAUAAGAAAAUCAGUUGAAUCAGUGGUGGAUAAGACAGCCAAGAGUUUAGCUGAGUGGCGCACUGCUGAGGCAAAGAGUAAAAAGCAAAGUUUCCUGAGUGCUAGAGAAAAUGAGAAGUUGCAAGAUGUAUCUUUGGAUGUGAGGCUGGGAAGAAACACUGGUUCAGUUCAUGCAUUACAUCACAAUCAUAAACAAGUUUCAGAUAAAGAAUGUGCCAAAUUGGAAUCGAAGAGAAGGAAAGCUGAAGAGCAUGUUAAGAAAGCUGAUGUAGAAUACUACACAUUUUGUAUCCGUGCAGAAAGAGCAAGGUUGGAGUGGGAAACAGCUGUAAUCAGAGGAAGCCACUGCUUCCAAGCUCUGGAAGAGGAGAGAUUGCAGCAGCUGAAGGAUUUGGCAGCUUGCUAUCUGAAUCACUUGCAGGAUAUGGGCCCUAAACUUAUUCAGAGUGCAGAAAAGUUGGUUGAGCCAAUUCAGAACUGCGAUGUUGCUCGAGAUAUCCAAACUGUUGUGUCCAUAAAAGGUACAGGGCAACCCAUUCCUGAACAACUGUUACCCGACUUCUAUGCAGAGCACAUAACACUUGCAAUGAAUCGAGAAAGGAGAAGACAAGCACUAGUUAAAAUACUGCAAUUAAUCAGGCAAGACCUAGAACGAGAGAGAAGAGGAAAACAAGGAGUUGAAAGUUUGGCCAGAGCUCUACAACAAACUCCAAAUUUUGGAGCUGAAGAUUCUCAGCAAAACCUUUCCGAGAAACUUCACCAUAUGCGUUCAAUGCUUACCUAUCUUGAAGCAGCACGAUACAAAGUACACAGUGCACUAGCUGAAAUAGAUGGCAGGGCAAGAGGGAGCCAUCCUUUAGCACCACAUAUUCAAGUUACACGAGACAAACAAGGUUUACAGCAAAGUGUUCUCAAAGUUCCACCGUGGGUAAGAAAAGAAUCUCUUGAUCAGUUGGCUGGAGACUCCCCUGACUGGACAGAUAGAGGAGCAGGGGAUGGAAAUUCUGUUCAACCUGACAGCGACUUUGAUGAAUUCUCAAGCCAAGGAAGUGAGAAAGACUACCAAAGUAGUGUUAUGACUUACCCAGUCAUUUCAGAAUGUAAUGAAACCCCUCCAGUGACAGGAGGGCGUUGUCGAGCUCUCUAUGAAUAUGCUGCAAAUCUAUAUGAUGAAUUGAAUUUGAGACCUGGAGAUAUUAUAAACAUUCACGAGAAACAAGCUGAUGGAUGGUGGCUGGGUGAACUGAAUGGUGUUGUAGGCAUAUUUCCAGCAACAUAUGUUGAAGAAAUUAAAUAGCAAAGCAUGGUCUGCUGAUCACCUCUUCUCUCAAGCUACUCUAAAGUGCACAACUGACAGAACGAAGGAUAAAGUUAAGAGAGCUACUUUAACGAUCAAUAUUUAUAUAUAAAAGCAGAGGCUUCACUGCUGAAACUGGUCAGUUGUACUAGAGUGGCCUGCCUACUAGUCAUUGCGUCAUGAAUACAAACUGAACUGUACAUUUGGCUCUGUCCAUGAAUGGACAGUCAUUGCUGAAAUGUACAGAAUAAAAUGCAUUGUAAUUGUUGGAAACAUUCAUAAAGAAAUGAUUCUAAAAACAUUUUC